CUGACUACUUGUCCCGCAACUCGCACUAAUGGUCAACAAAAUCGUGUUUAAAGAGAAGUUCUGUGAGUCGUGUCCGGAGUUCUUCUUUCGCAUAGCAUUCCUGUGCACCGAAGUGGACGCCGAGGACAGGCCUCCGUUCGAGAUGCUGGAGCGCUGGCUGGCGAACAUAGCGCUGUAUUUGCCUACAUUACACACCAUUCUCAAGGAGCUGAUGAAUGAGAUCGUGUCGUUCCCCGAUUAUCAGUCGGCGCUAAGGGCCAGUAGGCGUCGCCGCCCGCAUAGGACCCGUAGAGCCGGCCGCUGCACCCGAGCCUACAGUUGCGGACCACUACUGAGAACGCAUUUCUCGAGUUUGAGCCGCCGGUCCGAAGAACCUGAAUUUAACGUUACGUAUGUGAAUUUUAAGAAGGAAAUCCCCAUCUAUAAGGGCGCGGGAGGUGUCGACGCAAACGAGGGUACCGAAGGUGGUGGUGGCGCAGCAGUUGUUAGCACUGUAGUCGGGGGCACCAUUUUCAGCCUGUCUAUUCAUAGUCCCAAAGUGGUUAUGGUUAUUGGUGGCAUUAUUGGUGGCACUCUAGCUGUAGUUGUUGUUGUAGGUGUUGUAGGUCUUGUGGCCUGGCUAAUC